AAGAGCUCGUUGCGCCAGUUGCGCCAGUUGCUCUCUUUAUGCAAACCCACAGGUUGUGCGUCUGCAGCUGUACGUGUACGUGUACUGGUCAUAUAGCUACUCGUCGUCGAACAGGAAACCAUCUCCCGCCCAAAGGGUCUUUACGCGGCAUGAAGCUUUAUGAUUUGAAAACAAUACUGUCAUAGGAGAUUUUGGAGAUGGCAGCUCAGGAGCUUGCCGCUUUGAGGACUAGGUUUGUGGAAAAGGCCUCCAAAGAACUGAUAAACCAGCUCCUGGACGACCUUUUAGAAGAUGGUGUCUUGAACGAUAGCCAGAAAAACUCAAUCAUCAAAGAGAACAGCAGAGCGGACGACAGAGCCCGCAGUCUCAUUGACAUUGUGAAGAAGAAAGGAGAGGAAGCCAGCAGAAACCUCAUCGAUCACCUCCAAAGCAGAGAUCCUUCGCUCUCCUCUGACCUUGGUCUGUCCUCUGGUCGACCUGCUCCGCCGGCUGCAGAGCAACAGAUGAAGCAGGAUUGCUCCGCCACGCUCAUCCAUACCACUGAGGCCUUCUGGAGGGAGAAACAGAACGAUAGAAAUAUUUACCCUGCGGCCAAAAACUCCAUGAGCAAUCGUGUGGCCCUGCUGAUCACUAACAUAAAGUUUACUGAUGAGAAAUUUAACAGAAAUGGAGCUGAGAAGGACGAGGAGAACACAGAGAAACUGCUCACAGCGCUGGGAUACGAGGUGGUGAAACACACAAACCUCACAGGAAAGGAAAUCGAUGACGCCGUCAUUGAGUUCUCUAAACAUCGGAAACUCAACAAGACAGACAGCGUGUUGUUGGUUAUCAUGUCACACGGGAAACUGGGAGCUGUCCUCGGUGUCGACUGUAAAAAGGAUGGUGGUGAACAACAAGAUGAGUUCCCCAUCAACAACAUUUACAAACACUUGGGCCCACAGAAAUGUCCUGCGCUGCUGAACAAACCCAAGAUCAUCAUCAUCCAGGCCUGCAGAGGAGAGGAGGGGGGAUCGGUGCUGGUUGGAGAUGCUGCAGACCCAAAUGUGUCCUGUGAUCAUGUUGGCGAAGAUAACAUUGAGGAUGAUCAUUUGAGAUUUGUAAACAAAGAAAAAGACUUCAUUUCUCUUCUUUCCUGCACCCCUGAUACGGUCUCAUAUAGACACCAAGAUCACGGGUCUUUUCUCAUUCAGUACGUUGCUGAGGUGCUGUACAGCUCCGCACACAGCGAUGACAUCGAGGAACUUUUCAGAAAAGUCAUGCAGCGCUUUGAAGAUUUUUCCAGUCAAACCAGAAGACAGAUGCCGUCCAAAGACAGAUGCACGCUGACAAAGCGCUUCUACUUCUUCCCGGGCCUCUGAGGCAGGAUUCACUUCUGUUUCAGUCAGACUUGUAGCCACAUUUUCAAAUGUGUGUGAUUGAGAUGCAAUUUUGUGAAUAGAUGACACGGGUUGAGGAUUUACUGAAGGGUUCGUUCGGUCACACGCUUGGGGACCAAAAACGUAGAUGUAAAAAAGUUUCAAAGUUUCAAAUCAACAACAGACACACAACUUUACAGAGACAUAAGACCGACUUCAAAGAGACCACAAGACUCACAUUGACAACGAAGACACAAAACAACCUUUAAAGCCCCACUAUGUAGUUUUUCCCUUUUAGCGCCCCCUUCAGUUUUUGAGGUAUUUAACGUUUACUUCAGUGUCGUAAAUACCCAGUUACGAUAGACGCAGCCUCGCAGACACUUGUAUUGAGUUAGGAUCAUGUGUUGUCCUGUAUUAUAAUUAUUAUUAUUAUUAUUGUUAUUAUUUGUACGUGUCACGGGUUAUAAAAGGUGACGAGGGGGAGGUGACGCAAGGGUUUUUGUUUGGAGCGCGCUGACAGGUGGCGGACUCAGAACGGCAGCAAUCCGGCGACUGUUUCUAUUUUGGAUUUAUACCAACGGGCGGGAUCACUAAUAGAAGACUGCGCAGGAACACUGUGAACUGGCCCAGCACCUACCGGACUAGGGUGAAGUAGCGCGGGGAUUGAACGCGGCGCCUCGCCACGUUUCCGCCUGGUCGGUCAGCUGUUUGCCGGCUUUUGGGGGGAGGGGUG